UCUGUUGCUAAGAUGUACCUCCGGAUCCUCCUAGCCUGUGCGACGUGCGCGUGUGCCGUCUCGGCCCAGAGGUACGAGGCUCUCGGCGUGCUGCAGCCGGCGAGGCCGACGGGCCUGGGCGACCACGAGAAAAUGGUGACGGCGACCAUCGAAAUCCUGCCGGAUGUUGCCAAGACCCUGAGGGAGCUCGCCAUGAGGAUGGCUCGCUCUCAGGACGACCCCUUCGACUCGCAGAACAUGUUCGAGAUCCUGAUGGCGUUCAUGCCCGUGACCCGCAGGAUCAUGUUCUCCGUGGCCAAGGCCGAGGGCCGGACCGUGUCCGAGGAGGAGCUGCAGAGGCUGGACCAAGCGGAGAGGAUGUUUCCCUCCGCCUUCAAGUUUUUGGUCAAGAUGCACGGGGGUGACCUGUUCGGCUUCGAAGACCCCGACGCCGAGAAGGCCCCGACGGAGGACGCCGCCGCCCUCGCCGAAGCCAAAGUGAGCGGCUCCUUCGUCCAGAUGCCCCACGGGAGAGGGAUGGUCAUCCACCACGGGUAGGCGGGAGGCGGACGCAGACGAAGGCACAGGAGUAGGAGGAGAGAGAAACAUCUUCGUCAAUCUCCGACGGAAGAGAAGGAGAAAGAGAAAAGGCACAAGACAUGAAGUUGGAGCAAGGAAAGAACUUAAGCGAGAUAAGAAGACAGGGAAUAAAGAAGUUCCAAGAGGUAGAAGAAAAUGAAAAGAGGAUAUAGAACAAGAAGAGAGGGUAGUUCCAGAAGUUCAUCAUAAAGCCAUUGUAAAAAAUUCCAUUGACAUUCAUUUGCUAUCAGUAUUCUUUGUUAAAUGUUCCCAUUAUGUUAAUAAACUA